AUGUACUCGAUGGUCGAUGUUUUCGACACCGAACGCUUCUGGAACGAGACAAUGCUAACCUUAAACAAAACUGCUAUUUCGGGUGCUGGACAUUUAGCCAACUGGACGCCCGAUGCUAAAGAUUCGGCGCUGACGGCCUCUUUUGGAUCUCAUACGAAGAUUUCCUCACAUUUUUCGCUUACAUUUUCAAGUGCUAAAUUUCGAUUCUUCAUGGGACGAGACACAUUUGACCAAAGCACAAACAUAGAAGUAGAUGCCGGUACAUACGAACUAUUGCCACGCAUAGAAGCAGUCGCGAAUUCAGAAGCGUCUCUAGCGACAUUACCAACGCGACAUCCGGUGAAGAAGCAACAACCGUCACUAUAUCAAACGAAAGCACCUGUUUUUGCUCCAACUACUUCUUCUCGUAUGCCAUAUAUCGAUCCUGAAUUGGCAGCAAUUAAAGAUAGACGUGGGUUGAAUUUAAAAGAAUGGCGUUGA